AUGUCAGACCCAACAUCACCCUCCGCCUCCGCCCACCUCGAAGAGACCCUAGGCCGUCUCUCCAAAAAGCCCGGCGUAAAGGGCGCCAUCGUUCUUGACCGCGCUUCCGGCGCCAUUCUCAAAAUCAGCGGUCAAAUCUCUUCAAUCCGAAAAGCCAAGCCCCAACCACAGCAACCAGAACAGUCCGAGCAGCAAUUGAUCACGGACCAGCAAGGCCCACUGUCACCUUCAUUUCCUCCUGGCACCGCUACUGAUACGACUACUGCCGAUCCGGCUCCGGCUCCCGGUACGGCGGUGACUACGACAGGGGAGGAGGCAGUUGCUGCACCGGCAACAGUAUCUACGGGGACGGGCACGGAUGGGGAGGUAGUGGGGGCUGGGGCAGGUGCGGCGGGCACGGGCGCGGGGAACGCAAGCAGCGGCGGCAGCGGCAGUGCAGUGAGUGCCUAUGAUCAGAACGUGGUAGAGCUCGCGGCGAUGGUGUGGAGUUUUGUGUCGAAUGCGGGCGAGUUUGUGCAAGAAUUGGAUGAGGAGGAUGAGCUCAAACUUCUAAGACUACGGACGAAAAAGCAGGAAUUGGUAAUCGUGCCCGAUGCGAAAUACCUGCUAGUCGUUUUUCACGAUACCCCUCCAGCAUGA